AUGAGUGGUACAGUGGCAAUGCACAGUGUAUUCGUUUAUGGCAGUCUAAUGGCCGACGACGUCGUUCGCCUUCUCCUCAACCGUGUCCCUCCCACUUCCUCCGCGAUCCUCCCUGAUUUCCAUCGAUUUAGCAUCAAAGGACGUGUUUACCCCGCGAUUCUUCCAGUUCAGGCCGACAAAGUCCACGGCAAGGUACUAUUUGGAAUCACAGAUGAUGAACUCUACCUUUUAGAUGAGUUUGAAGAUAUCGAGUAUGAAAGAGAAAAUGUCCAAGUUUUGCUACCAGAUAGCUCGGAGAAACUUGAAACGAAGACUUAUGUCUGGGCCAAGAAAGAUGAUCCUGAUCUCUAUGGUACAUGGGAAUUCGAGGAAUGGAAGCAACUUCACAUGGAAGGUUUCUUGAAGAUGACUAAAGAAUUUGCACAAGAGAUGAACUUACCUGAAUCUGAGACCAUGACUUAG